AUGCCUGGUAAAUCACACAUUUGGUGUUCUCAUCCUUAUCAUGAUGAAGUGUUAUCUAAUGGAAAAAAGCGGUUUUCAAAAGUUGGUCAAAAACCAUCACAUCCAAAAGGAAAAAGAUCAAUAAACGAACAACUCGCUAAUUAUAUCAACAGCCAUAGUGAAAGUAUUUUAAACGGAAGUUCGACAAAACUUGAAGGUGGUGAUUAUCUUUGUUCAACAUGUUAUACAAAGGAAGAAAAUCUUUUUAUGAAUGACGAAGAAACAAAUAUGGAUACUGAUGAUUGUGAAGAAACAUUCAACUACAACAACUUGCACAACGAUUCAGGUUGUCAACAAUGCUCUCCCAUGGAUGAUGAUACACAUGUUGAACAAGAAGUUAUUAAAAGAAAGUUGAACCAAGCUUUUCAAUUUGUGAAUGUCCAGAAAAUCGAUGAUUUUCGUAAUAGCAAACAAAUUUCAAAUGCUAUCGACGAAACUUAUUUCAAACUUCGAGAGUGGAGUAAUACAAUUGCGCAAGCUACUCGUCGUGAUGAAAAACCUGAAGCAUUUCAUUCACUUAAUGUUUCAAUUGAUGAUGCUGCUUGGAUUCUAAAUCAUCUACGAGAACUGUUCAGUAUCAGUGACAACGAAGAACAACAACGACUUAUGACAAUGUUGCCACCAGAUUGGGGUCGCAAUCGAAUCGCUAACUGGUUUGGUGGUUCACAACAUCAAGCUCGACAAUCCAUAGAGCUGCGAACAACUGAUGGUGUUUUCUCGAAACCUGAAGAUCGACGAGGAAAUAAAUCACUUGUUGAACAAAUUGAACUUGCAGUGCAUAACUUCUACACAAGUGACGAAGUCAGCCGAGAAACAUCAUACAAGAAGCAGGUUAUUCAUCCACCACCAUCUAGAAAGCCCGUUCCUUUACGUUUUCUUCAUUCGAACAUUGGUGAGACAUUUCAACAGUUCAAAUUGAAGUAUCCAAACAUGGAAAUAAGUCGAUCCAAGUUCUUUUCACUACGACCAGUUUGGGUGAGGGAACAAACAACUCAUGAAUCAUGUAUGUGUAUUUAUCACGAGAAUGCUGAUUUAGUGCUUCAGGGAAUAUCAAAAUCGCUUCAACGCCUCGUCACGAUAAAAAGCUUAAUUGAAGAAACUAUUUGCAAAUCUCCUUCAGAAUCUUGUCAUUAUCGUCAAUGUGCCAAUUGUCGUCAUUUAACAGCAUCUGCUAUACUAUCUGAUGGUAUAGAUAUUGAAACUGAAGAUUCAGCUUCAUGGUCAAUAUGGAAGAAACUUAAUUCACGUUACGAACUUCUUCAUUUGACUGAUAAAUACAACAUGUACAACCUAGCUCAUCAUCAUGUAGAUUUUAAUAUUGGCGCAUCAUGGACAUUUAGUGCAUCUGGACAUGGAAAAGGUCCUUGUGAUGGCGUGGGAGCAGUGAUUAAGUCAACUGCUACACAACAUAUAAUUAAAGGUGGGCCAAAUGCUUCCUUCUCGUCACCAAAACAAUUUUAUGAAUGGUGUGUCGACAAAAAUGAUCGACUAGUUAUCGCAAGACCUCGUCGAAUAGAUACAUCGAAAUGA